AUGUUCCUCUGCAAGGCACCGCCACCAGCACCGGUCUUCGCACCAGACCUCGAGAAGCUAGGCUUCGAGCUCCGCGAUGGAGCCUUCGUGAAGAAGGGCUCAUCGCCACCAGAGUACUUCGACUUCUUCCACACUGACGAUGACCAGACCAACGAGCGCCGCAAGGAGGCGAUCCACGAGGCCGCACGCGCGGCAGUGGCCAGCGAGCUUGAGAAGAAAUACGACAUCAAGCAAGUCUACAUUGCCAGCGACGGUGAGGUCGCCACCAUCAAGCCAAGUGAGGCUCACAUCACCUUGCUGGCGACCGAGGUAAGCAAGCUGCGCACCAAGCGCGAUGUGAUCAUCGUCGUCGGCGAAGAGGCGGCGGGCAAGCAGGACGCGGGCAUAUGGGCAUACAGAGCAUUGAUGAACGAGGGCGGUAUGGAGAAGGGAUCUGCUGUGGGAUUGGCAAAGAUGCUGGUGGAACAGGCGAAGGGCGCGGCGGCGCGUGAGGAUGACUCGAAGGGAGGAUCAGAGGAGGAUCUGGUGACAAGCACUGCGAAGCUCAGCACCACGGACAACGACGACGACACAAUGGGCGUGGUCAUCUUCAACCCAGGCCAGCUUCUCUACUCGUACAGCGAGAACAAGUCAAUGUCACAAGUCACUUGGGUCGGACGUCAGCGCGACAGCGCCCUCGACUUGCAGUACGAGAUCUCAGAGAAGUACAACAAGGUGCCAGGCCAUCGCACACCACACAGACACCUCGAGCAAGCAUUCCACAACACCAUUCUCGACCUCGUUAACGACGAGGCUCAUCUCUACAUCAUCGCGAUCGGCGACAGCGCCGAACACACAAUCGAAAUCCUCGACAACAUCUGGAUGGAGAAGUACGACUUCAGCAUCGCCAAGCAGAUCGAGGCCAUCGCCUUCAUCGAACCACAAGGCAUUGACGUCAAUAAGAUUGCGUCCGCCAGCUUCCAGAGCUUCCUGCGCUGCAGCGCUCAGUCCUGGAUUCGUGCGACUGAAGUGCCACUAGGCCAGGCAAUCGAGAUGCCAAACAAUGGUCAUUCGCGUAUCACCUUGAACUCGAAGGUUUCCAACCUUGAGGAAGAGCUGGAGCGUGCCGAGCGUGCCGACUCUGCCAAAGCCAUCGAGGAUGCCGGUGAUGAUGAAGUCAAUUCGCAGGUCUCCAGCACCGCGGCCGACUGGGGCGAGGAGCAAGAGGACGAAGAGCAAGCAAACGAGGACAAUGACGAGAUCGUGUGUCCGACAUACAGCGCUGGAGAUUGUGAUGGCAUCGCAGAGCUUGUGCUGCCACAGGUGAUGGGCCACGUGGUCCACUACUUCCUCCAGAAGAAGAAGACGGCUGAGCACUACGAGGCCAUGAACGGUGGUGACGACUUGGACUUUUACUGA